CACAACCUAACUUGUGGCCAGAAUCAUCUCUCCCUGCUGAUGUGGCCAUUUCCCCCUCUCCUCUAUCCGUUAAACCAAGACCCAGAGAAGAACGAGAGAGGCAACGCAACGGUAACAAAUCAUCGAGAGAGAGAGAGAGAGAAAGAGAGAGAGAGAGAGAGAGAGAGCAAAUCCCCGACCUUUUCGCUCUUCGUAUUUCUCGCAGGAUAAAAGACAAGUGAAGCAAGAAACUGGACACAGAGAGCGGGAAGAAGAAGGAAAAACGAAGCUUCAAAAACAAGAGAAGAAACAGGGGAGAUGGCCGAGAGCAGAGAUCCUGCGUUCAAACUAUUUGGGAAAACCAUACAUAUUUCGGUUGGAGUCGGAGUUUCGGCGACUAUUGGAGAGGAGAUUGUCGGAGAUGAUGGGAAGGUUCCCUCAAACAACGAAGCCAGUCCUGAACCUAAGGACAAUAACGAAGAGGCCCCAACUUCAACGGAAGAAGAGCAGAGGAGCGAUGAAUCGAACGAUUUGCAAAACGAAGAGAAGAUGGAGCAAAAAUCCACAUCACCUGAGAACUCAAAAGCUGAUGAUGAAAAUAACGAAUCAAACAACGAUCCGGAAAACAAAUCCAACAAAAAACCAGACAAGAUCCUUCCUUGUCCUCGCUGCAAAAGCAUGGAAACCAAGUUCUGUUACUACAACAACUACAACAUUAACCAGCCCAGACACUUCUGCAAGAACUGUCAGCGUUACUGGACUGCUGGUGGGAGCAUGAGAAACGUUCCGGUCGGUGCAGGCCGUCGCAAAAGCAAGAGCUCAGCUUCCAAUCAACACUUUCGUCACAUCACUAUCCCGGAUUGUGUUCGAGCCGACUCUGAAUUUGUUCAUCAUCUUCAACCUCUAAAAUCCAAUGGAAUGGUGCUCAGCUUUGGCUCUGACGCCCCUCUCUAUGAAUCCAUGGCUUCGGUGAUGAAACUUGCGGAGAAAACAAUGACAAAUAAGAACCAGAAACUCGAGCAGGGUUCCCCGAACUCAAAUGAACAAGCGAAAGUAUCAUCCGAUUUAAAUUGCUAUGGAAUCCCUCCAAAUGUUUCCAACUUCACUGGAAGUCUUUUGCCUAACCAAUGGGCGAUUCCUCCAUUUCCCUUCCCUUUCUAUCCAAUUCCUGCGUAUUGGAGCAUGCCAUGGCUGCCGCCGCAGCUGCCAACUUCACCGAGCAGCGGGUGCUUGGGGAAGCAUUCAAGAGACGGGAAUUUAUUAAACCAGAAUCUGUCCGAUAGGGGGCAUGCUUCUGUACCUGAGAGUUGUUUUUGGGUUCCGAAGACAAUGAUGAUUGAUGUCCCUGAAAAGCUGCAGAGUGCUCAGUGUGGGCAACCAUGGGAUUCAGGAAUGAUAAAAGCUGAUUUGGUAGGUGGGGGAAUGGGGCUCUUCAAGGCCUUUCAGUCUGCUGGAGACCACAAAAUGAAUUCCACUGUGGUUCCUCAGUUCUUGCUUGCCAAUCCUGCGGCACUUUCAAGGUCUUUCAACUUCCAGGAAAGAUCAUAGAGAGUUCCUGCUCAUGGGGUGAGCGAUUUGUAAUUUGAUUAAGUAGGUUGAGAUAGUUUUAGUAGAAAUUGACUGAGGAAAGAGGAAUUCUGCUGGUUUCCUCUAAUGCUUGAUUUAGGUAUGUUGGUUUGGUGCUUUUUUAUAUGCCUGUAAAUAACUGUAAUUGGUGAAAAUAUAGAUAUUAAGGGAAUAAGUAAUCUGAGAGUUUUCUGCAGAGUGUAUCUCUAAGUCAUAGUGCAAGUA